AUGUGUGAGACCGUCCCUUCACCUCCGGCGCAAGAAUUGACCAUGGAUCCCAACAUUGGGUCAACCUUGGAUGUUACCGCUCUGGGGUACGCCCCCGAAGGGGAGGCGGCAUUCCAAGGUAUUGAGAAUGACUCGAACGCCCCCAAGGGCGUCUAUGCGAACACAUUCGCUUCCAAUCAGGUAGUAAGCCACUUCGACACCUCAAUAGACGCUCUCAACUUUGACUUUGAAUCACAAUUUCCUUCGUGGCUGGUCGACGGAGAUCUUCAUGCUGGGAUUCUGGAUACCCCUCUAGUCACCUCCAUGGCCGAACUAAGACCGGGCUGGCCAGAAAGUCCAUGCACCACGUUUGGCUACAAACCAGACUCCAACAUGAAGCGUCUUUGGUUUAUUCCCGGUCAUGAUGACAAAGAUGAAAUUCCACCCUCUGGACCAGCAACGCCACCAGCGUCUCAGGUAGAAGUGGACGACUCGUACCGACAAACAUUGCAUCAAAGUCUACAGAUUCGCUCGACACAGGAAACUCUCCCUUCAGCUGACUUCUUGAAUCUCUGUGUCCGAUCAUACUUUGCGCGCUUCCACCCCGUAUUUCCAGUGGUACAUGCACCCACAUUCCGACCCUCCAAGGCCAAUUCCAUGGUUCUGUUGUCUAUCUGUUCUGUGGGCAGCCUGUUCACCGGAUCCGUUCAUGCCAUACGACAGGGCGUCCGAAUCUUUGAACGACUCCAUAAGGCUGUGCUGGCAAAUUGGGACCGACUGAUCUCUCGAGGGUCCGACGAAAAAAUAUCCCUCAUUCAAACAGCAAUCAUUGGCCAAACCUUCGGGCUUCUGUCCGGAGAGCCGAGACAUCUGGCCAUCGUCGACGCAUUUAAUGGGACUUUGAUUUCCUGGGCGCGCCGUUUAUCGACCUUCAAGACCAAACAGAUGAGAGGACUCAACCUCAAUGUUUCUCCAGAAGAAUUGGACCAAAAAUGGAGAGCUUGGGCCAAAAACGAAGAGCUCAUCCGGAUAGCGCUAAGUGUACACAUCCAUGACGCCGAACUGGCCAGCAUCUUCCAUCAUGAACCAUUUCUGCGUCAUAACUCCAGGCAGCUACCCGUUGCGGCCUCCAGUCAGACAUUCAUGGCAGCACGACCUGAAGAAUGGCGUGUCUCGUAUCUCAACGAUCCCAGCAAUUUCGAAGGCGACGACCUAACUCCUGCGUCGAUUGACGCAAAUGUCGAUUUCGACAUUCUUGCCAUGCCGAGUACCAGCUAUUUUACGGCCUACACAGUCUUAGAAGGUAUUUGUGUCAAUAUUGUGGAGAACAGAAUCAGCGCUCGAUCCGCGUCGACGUCGAUGGAAAAUAUAUCAAGCCUCUUGAUGACCUUCUAUGAGCGUUUCUUGCAGGGAGCAGGCCCUUGGGAGCCAGACCACAUGGACAUGAGCAUUCUGUGGCACCUGGCAUAUAUGUCCAUGCUGGCUGAUUUCGAUUUGUUGGAAAGAGCGAUUGGUCGUGAGGGUUCCGAUCUUUCAACAGAAGACCAGAUGGCAGUCACCACUUGGGCCAAUUCGGAUCAAGCGAAACGGUGUGUGAUACAUGGGACGAUCGUUCAGAAGAAAUUGGAGAAUUUGCCUCUUGGGUUUGAACCCGCAAUCCAUGUUCCUCGAGCGAUGUUUAGAGCAGGUAUUGCCUGGUUCUGUUACACUCGGUUUGGGAUGGAUGGACAAAGGGCGCUGACACCGGACGGUCUGGAUUUCCCAGAGUUCAAGCUCCUCGGUGUCAAGGCCGCUUUGUUACUCUUCCAAGCGAACGGCUACAAGCAUGGUCGGCCCACAACCACAGAGAUCAAUGCCGCCCUUUGCGGUCUUACCGACCUUUUGAGACGAAUUGGGCAUUGGGAGAUAGCUCGCAGAUUUGCCGCAAUUCUUGGAGCUCUGUUACACAAUGAAGCGGAUUGA